CCUCUCUAAAACGUAAGAGGCAACUAUCCAGUUUGGUGAAGCUACAUUCUACCACCCUGAGGUUUCAAGAAGUCAUCAACAAGAACGUAUCCAGAAUAAUUAAAGCCCGGAAGAUUAUCACAGAAACGGUGGAGAGUAUUCAGAAAAUUCCACUUUCCGGUCGCAAAGGAGGGUUCCACAGCCGGAAACUGAACUUCUGAGAAGCUGCAAGUGUCUGCUGGACGAAAUCGCCAAGAUCUCAACGCUACAGUAGAGUUAACCUUUUAAAUUGUGACCUCUGUUAAAAUGGAUAGCCAGCAAAUGAGAAAUGCAUUGUAUGAAAUUGUUGAAGCUGUGAAUGUACUCCGUAAUCUCCCUGUAUACCCUGCAACUGAAUUUCUCAAUCUAACCCCAAAUUCCCCCCUCAGAACUCAGGGUCCAGAUUUGGAUCUUGAACGUUUACUAUCUGUAGAACGAGCCAUCGAACGAUUAAAUGAUUCUUUCUCUCAACCAUACUCGCUUGAAAAUAAUUUCAUAGAGUUUCAACAGCAAGUUACAAACGCUUUACACGAAAUCACACAAAUGGUUAAUGACCUUCAAAAUCUUCCUGUUCAACAUGUGCCUGGUUCUUUCAAUGUAGCUCCACAUUCACCGUCCAGGUUAGAACAAGCGAUCCAUCAAUUAAACGUUUCUCUCUCUCAAACAUUUAGCCCUAAUCCUACAAACGCUCAGUAUGUGCAACAUGGUGGGGGUCUUGUAGAAAACGGUGAACAUAAUCCCUCAGGUUCUUUGAAUCCUGCUUCGCAAAAUCCCUCAUCCAACCAGCCUCAUCAGCCAAGCCUUAUUGCACCCGACCUCCCCACACUCGAUCGAGCAAAUCAACCGUGCACUAGUCAUGGAGAGUGAGUUGUAAACAGCUCUGAACAUACCCAACAAACUCAGAGAGAGCGAGAAGGUUUCAAUGUUACAGAAAUAAGACGUCCUUUCAACGUCAUUGCCUCGCAAGCCGGCGACGCUCCCAACCCCGCCGAAUUUUACACACAAGUGUAUCAUAUUCUCACCGAGCUCGCAGAGUCAGCUGCUCGCCUUGCCUCUCGUAGCGAUAUUAUUCAGCUAGAAUUGAGCGGAGAAGGAUUUUCUCAUCACGCCAUCGUUCAGGUAAAUGAUGAACGUGAUUCAAUUCUGCCUGCAUUUCUGGAAUUUUUAGAGGAGCUAACACAGUCAAACGCAGAAUUGCCGGAUCCAAACAACUUAGAAAUGAUUGUUCAGGUUGUAAGAAACCCUCAUGGAGGUGUCAAACGUAAAGCUGAUAAAACAUUGGACAGUGAACUGAUUCGUAAAAAACGUCAACAUUUGUAUAUCGUCGCCAAUCGUUCUGAUCAGCUUUGUUUUUCAAUCAGUCUUGCCCAUAUGUGUAACCCUGCUUUUACAGAUGCCCAAGCAGUGCAGCAAGCCGUACUUUGGCAACGCACAGUGGGCCUCACAGAGCAAACCCCCGUCACUUUCAGUGACGUGCAAAAAUUUGAAAAGAUUGUCAACAGGAAAAUUAUCGUUUUCUAUAAAGACGGCAAGAACGCAAUGCUUCGUAAAUUCCAGACUGACUUUUCCGAUCGUUCAAAUCCGCUUUUUCUGCUUCUGUUCAAAAACCAUUAUUACGGCAUUAAAAACCUGGCAGGGUUCACAGGUUCUAACUACAUUUGCAGCUACUGCUUUACCGGUUUCCAAAACAUCAACAGGCAUAACUGUGAGGGUCAUUGUUCAGUCUGUCUCGAUCCGAAAUGUACUCUGCAGCAGUACAACUCUGUACAAUGCAUAGAUUGUAACCGAAUCUGUCAUAAUUCAUUCUGCCUCGAUAGACACAAGGUCCCCAGAUUGAGACCUAACCUCGGAAAGCAUGUGAGUAACUGUGAAACCACUAAAUUCUGUCCUGUGUGUAAAAAGCUAUAUGAUCUAGCAGUAAGCGGAGACAGCAAGCCUCACGAGUGUUCAAUGAAAUGUACAGUCUGUCGUCAGAAACUCCCUAGCGGUGUUGAUGUAACGUUAAACGAGCAUCAGUGUUACAUUCAACCCACACUGACAGACCCUGAACUCGGCAAUAAACUGUUUUUUUACGAUUUUGAAACUUUUACAGAUCAAACCGGGAGACACAUCCCAUUCCUUGUCUACACAAAAACUUUGGCGGGAGAUGUUUGGUACUCUUACGGGUUGAACUGUGUCAGGGAUUUUCUGCUCCAUUUUAGAAAACCUUGUUAUAAAGGUUUCACUUUCCUAGCUCACAACAGUCGUGGGUUUGACUCUUACUUGGUUCUGAGUGUGAUGGUUGAAUUGGGCAUUAAACCGUACCUCAUCACACAGGGGAGCAAAAUACUCUGUUUUACCGAGCCUGAUUACGCUCUGAAAUUCAUCGACAGCCUUUCAUUCCUUACUAUGAAACUCAGACAAAUGCCAAAAGCAUUAGGCUUCACCGAUCACUCUAAAGGGUUUUUCCCUCACUUGUUCUCCUCUGAGAAGACUUUAAGCUACGUGGGCCCGCUUCCUCCCCCUUGCUUCUACGCGAUAGACCGCAUGAAUCCCGCCGAACAGGAACGGUUUUACAUUUGGUACAACGAGGCUUGUAAACACCCCUUUGACUCUCAGAAAGAAGCUCUUUAUUAUUGUCAAAAUUAUGUGGAGAUUCUUUUCAAGGCUUGUGUGAAAUUCAGAGAAGAGUUCUUUAAAGAGACAACCGGUAAGCAGGAAGCUUCAGGUUUCCCGGCUGAAGCAACGGAUGAGGAGAGCAGGUUAAAGUAUGUGGCAGACUACAAACUGAACCAGGGCAUCCAGCUAGAUGUACGGAAGAUCGAGGUCAAUCCUGCUAAAAGGCAAGUGGCUAAACUGUGUAAAUACGUUGUGUGCUACUUUCACUUCCUGAACGAUGACAUGUGUAUGAUUCAGUGGAAAUACAACAAACGGUGCAUCUCCCCGCCCAACAAGCGGAAAACACAGACCCAGGAAACUGUAGGUUGGACCUCGUUCAUGGCCACCCUGAAGGAGCUAAACAUCCCCGUGUCGUCAGUCAGCAAUCCGCAAGCCCGGGAGCAAUACAGAGGCAUGGCAGAAACGGGUGUAUCGGAGAAGAACGGAGCUAAACCUUUUGCAAAACAAAAAGGAAAAAUUGUGUUGUCCCCUAAAUUCUCCGGAAUAGACUUUGAGCAUCCAACCCCCUACAACGAACGAGUCAAGAGCCAAAGAGUCAAGAACCCUGCAUGGUUGAAAUUUUCUCCUUAA